AUGGCGGCGCUGACCGACCUGCCGGAAGAGCUCUUGACCAAGAUCCUGGAGAACGUCAUGUGGGAAACCGGUUGUCCUGCUGGCCUCGAGCCUGUGGUAAUGGUGUGUAAGAAGUUUGCGCACUGCGUGAGGAUGGGUCGUAGGUGGAGGAUGUUAGGCCAUGACUUGCAGUGCAGGCAGCUUGUAGAGUACAUAUGCAAGCUCCCUGCAAGAGCGAGCAUCGUAUCCCUGGAUCUAUCAAAUAAUGGAAUGGGAGAAGAAGUGCUGGUGCAACUGGCUGUGGAGAUCGAGCAGAUGGUAGACCUCGCUGACUUGAAUCUCGCUGGAAAUUAUAUGUGCCUUGACGAAGUGAGCAUCUUGGGGCCGAAGCUGAAGGGCCUCAAGAGGCUCAAGACCCUGAACCUAGGAGACAAUGAGCUGGAGAAUGUUGGUGCUGGGGUCCUCGCAUCGAGCCUCCAAACCGUUACCGGGUUGACCAGCCUCUGCCUCAGGGAGAACCAGAUAGGGGAUCUCGGAAUAUUGGCGCCAGCUCUGAGUUGCCUCACGGCUCUCACCGACGUAGACCUGAGUUACAAUGCGGCGACGGAAGCAGGGGCACACUCUCUGAAGCUCGCUCUACUGCGUUGUCCCCUGACCUCUUUGGAUAUGAGUGGUGUGUGGGGAGGGAGACUACAGCUAGCUGAAGCGAUCUGUCAGCUUCCUGGUCUGACGCAAUUGCGCUUGGAAGAUACCAAUCUCGGGUGUGAAAUGAUUACGAAGCUGAGCGAGCUGACGGGCCUCACCGUGCUGCUCUUGAGGAAUGCGGACCUAGGCGAUGAGGAGAUGGCGGUCCUGCCUGAGAAACUACGGUCGCUGAAGCAGCUCGUCCGCUUGGACCUGAGGGACAAUGUCUUUAAGAGAGAGUUCGACGCGGACCGAUUGGCGAGUGUAAUGGGCAGCCUUACGAGGCUGGAGAGUCUGGACUUGUCCAUCACGUACUGCUGCACGGAGUUCGCCGGGGAAGUGGGUCGGGCUUUGGCCCCGGGCAUGAGCGAGCUGAGGCGUCUCGUGUCCUUGAAGUUGGACGGGAGUCACAUGGGUAGCGCUAACGUGGCCAUCGUGGCGCCCGCUCUGGGUGAGCUGAGGAUGCUCGAGGUGGUGAGCCUGGCUCGUGUCGAUGCCGAGGACAUCGGAGCGAAAGCCCUGGCCUCGCACUUGUGGAAACUCACGAGGCUGGUCGAACUAAACCUCAGGGGAAAUUACAUCGCGACGGAAGGCGCAUCAGCGUUGGCAUCGGCUCUGGGCAAGCUGACGCACUUGGAGAGUCUGGACGUUUUCGACAACGCGAUCGGUGUAGCAGGGGUGCAGGCUCUGGUGGGGGUGCUGAGCACGCUCCCCAGCUUGAAGCAUCUCACUGCGGGGCAAGACGGUGCAGGAGAGAAAGUCUGGGGUAAUCGAUUGCAGAGCGGCCUAGCGCCCGACGGAUCCGAAUCCGACUUGACGCUCUAUGCCCCCGAGGGCAAGCAAGUCGUGGUCGCGUCCGAUCUUAAUGUCGUGGGAAAUCUGGUCAUGUCCGGCCUGGUCGACCAUAAUGGGGCAUCGACUUGGCUCGCUGCAUCCUUUAUCCAGCCCGACAAGACGACGGACCUCGUCCUCCGCCCAGGUGCGGCAGGUAGUAUCGUGCUGGACGGAAGCGUGACGGUGACGGGUCCGGUGACUUACGUCGACCCAGCGAUAAAUUACAACAAUCAACUCAUUGUGAACGACAAUAGCUCGGUCACCCUCGGUGCUCCUAUCACGGAUCCGAGAGGACUCUCGAAUAACGUGGACAUCAACGGCGCGGGCUUGCUCCUGAGAGGAAUAGAAUAUCCAGACGAUCCACAGGCACUCUCUGUGACAUGGCAAAACACAACUGAAUCCAUCCCUGAUCCAUAUUGGAAAAUGAACGGUGGGAACCUCAUGAUCAGCCGAGUCAUCGACGCAGUGACCUAUGCAUACAUGCUCGCGGUAGAUGACAGUGGCCAAUUAGCGAUACAACGUGUGAAUGCCGACGAGAGUCUCGAGUCCGUUGCGAUCCUGGUCCCAGUUCUAUGA